UUAACUUCGGAAUUAUCCGUAGUCGGACCCGGAAGGUGUUUUGUUACUUACACAUCUGUACGUUUUGAGCACGCGUUUGUUUGGAGCCGGCUGAAGAAAGAUCAAAAGAUAAAAAUGGAUAUUAGACCUAAUCAGUCGAUAUACAUCAAUAACCUGAAUGAAAAAAUUAAAAAAGAUGAAUUGAAGAAAUCCUUGUAUGCCAUAUUUUCACAGUUUGGACAGAUUUUAGACAUUGUUGCUUUGAAGACAUUGAAGAUGAGGGGACAAGCAUUUGUUAUAUUUAAAGAUAUCAACAGUGCAAAUAGUGCAUUACGAUCAAUGCAAGGUUUUCCUUUCUAUGACAAACCCAUGAGAAUUCAGUAUUCUAGAAAGGAUUCUGAUUUAGUAGCCAAAAUGAAAGGAACAUUUGUAGAGAGACCAAAGAGAAAGAAGGAAGAAGAACCAGAAGUGAAGAAAAAGAAGAAAACACCAGCAUCACAAAGACAAAAUGCUGCUCCAGCACCACAAACACCUGCCAUGGCACAAGUACCACAGAUCAAUCCAGCCACAACAGCUCCAUCACAGCCUCCUGCAGCACCAGCUGGGCCUACAACGAUACCUGAACAACCACCUAACCAGAUCUUAUUCUUAACAAAUCUACCUGAAGAAACAAAUGAGAUGAUGUUGUCCAUGUUGUUCAAUCAAUUCCCUGGUUUCAAGGAAGUACGUUUGGUACCAGGUAGACAUGACAUUGCUUUUGUUGAAUUUGAAAAUGAGGUUCAGUCUGCCGCUGCUAAAGAGGCGUUACAAGGAUUCAAGAUCACACCAACAAAUGCAAUGAAGAUAUCAUUUGCCAAAAAAUAGACCAAUUCUGAUGAGGACCUAGUAUUGUUGUUGUUAUUAUUUUUUUUUAUCUUGAAUCAUGCUGAAAUUCAGUUUAAAAAUAUGGAGUGUGUUUAGAGGGUUUUGACAUUUGAAAGAAAUUGUGUAACUACAAAUAGACUUGCUAUUCAAUUUAAAAAAGUUUUUAUUUUUAAUUUGUAGGCAAAUCUUUUGACUCUGAGUAUAGUAAAAUACAAUGAUUUUUUUUUUUCAAAUUUCAAAUUGAUUGCCCUUAGGUUAUUGAAGUAACUCGCCAAAUUACUUAUACUAAGGAAUAUUUUAUCAAUUUUUGUUUAAGGGGUGGUGACAAAGGAGAACUGGUCUUGAACAGCUGUGAAUAUUACUGAAUUGUACAUGUAUCUAAAUAUUUUAUAAAUUUUAAUGUACUAUUGUUGGUCAAGUUGGUAGCUAUUUAUACUUUUCAAUGUAGAGAAGAAAAGGGGGGAUGGUGAAGUGUAAGAAUACUGUAAAUGAGCAAACUCAAUCAUAAAAUGUCAAUUUAAUCCUUUUGAAUAAGUUUGGUAGGUAUUUUCACAUGAAACUACUGAUGUAGUUUCAUAUUCUUCUUUGAAAUAAUUGAUAUUGAGGCUUAAUUUCUUUCUUUGGAAUAAUAGAUUUUACAGGCUUAUGCUUUCUUUGGAAAAAUAGAUUUUAAAGGCUUAAGCUUUCUUCGGAAUAAUAGAUUUUAAAGACUUAUCUUUCUUUGGAAUAAUAGAUUUUAAAGGUUUAAGCUUUCUUUGGAAUAAUUGAUUUUAAAGGCUUAGGCUUUCUUUGGGAUAACAGAUAUUGAAGGCUCACAGUGUUGGUGAAUACUGGUAGGUAACACUUCCGGUAGGUAGAUAGAUAUUGUUAUUGGCAUUGCACUGAGCCAACUGUUGUUAUAUACAGCAUUGCACCCUCUGUCAGCUUUAUACAGAUAGUCAUCAUAAUCAUCAAACAUUCUGUAUAGCUGGCAUUGCACAAAGGGCUAUCAUCUUUGUAAUAUUGAUUUGUCAAUAAAUCUGAUUCAUUUA